AUGGCAUCGACCCUGACGAGCCGUAGCAGACUAGCCUGCGCACCAUGUACACGCCGAAAGGUCAAGUGCAGCAAAACAGUGCCUUGCACAAACUGUCUAAGGAGAGGAGAAGAACAAUCAUGCACUUCUGAUGCAGUCGAUAAUCCGCGCCUCACUUCCCCAACAUCGGCGAGACCGUCUACAACACAGCCACGUCGCUCAACAUCGUCUUCGAGCUCUAGGGCUAGUAUUGAAGAGAUCGCUUAUCUUCGUCGCAAGGUUUCUGAACUCGAAAACGAAGCACGAGUCGUUUCUUUGAGCAGUCUGAGGAAUCAUGGAAGUCCAAGUGGGUAUGCUAGGCCCGGCCCGCAAACUGCCUUAUGCGAAUUCGAUACCGUGCAAGACAAUCCGAGGUUGAGCCAACCAUUGCUGUCGCAAAUGGCUUCAACUGAGACUGCCCCAGAGAGGGCUGAAGUUGAUGAUCGAUCCAUGAAAGAUGCUGCUUCUAUUCUUGAGUUCCUGGCCUGGGGUCGCAGGAAAGACCCCGAGUAUCAUCCAACGGUGUCACCUGAAGCAACGGCCAUUUUUGCUCCAGGCUCCGAAGGGCCCAGGAUCCCCGAAGGCGAAAGAGACACAGUCCUGGAUCUCACUGAAUGUUCCCAGCUAGCAGUUGUCCAGCUUCUGCUGCCAGACUCGCGGCAGGUGUGGGACUUGGUUCAGUAUCAUAACGAGAGCCUCUUGUGGUACCAUAACUCGAUUUUCGCACCGACAUUCCGGACUCAGCUUGCCGCAUUUUACUCGGAGCAUAACGGCAUAAUCGAGAGCGAAGGAGUUGAUCUCCAAUGGGUCUCGCUUCUCUUCUCUGUCUUGACUGUAAGCUUGGUGUGUGCGCCAUCACGACGAGCGCAUGCCUGGGGCUUUCGGGACAGCGAGCGCGAAACCCUCUCUAGGCGCUGGUUCGAAGCAAUGGUCGUGUGUUUGAACCGCGCGGAUUAUACGACAAACCUAAGCAUUUUAUCGUGCCAAGCCAUCGCAACUGCUACGAUAUCAGCCCAUCCUUUGGGUCACAGCAACUCCCAGAGCAUACACCUCGCGGCGGCUGUCCGCAUCGCACAAUCGCUUGGCUUGCAUAGACUGAAGCACGAUGUUGGUGAAAGCAGUGUGGAAAAAGAAACAGGAAGGCGUGUUUGGUGCCAGCUUUGCAGCCAAGAUUGGUUCGGCAUCCCUUUCUCAGAGAGCUAUCUCAUCAGUCCUCUCUAUUCGACAUCUGAGCCUCCUCAGAACUGCCACGAUCAUGACCUUUUACCCCUGCCAAAAGAUGUUCCGACGAUAACGAGCUACUGUUGUUUUCUCUUGGAGAUUGCCGAAAUCAUGCCUAAACUACAAGAUGGGCUGAUGACCAACAACACGGCAUAUACCCGCUAUAAACAAGUACUGACUUGGGACGCUCGUCUUCGCACACUUGCCACAGUGGAACGUCCAGCUUUCCUUACAAACACCCCUAUCGAGGCGGACUGGCCUAUAUGGGUUCCCUGGGCCCGGCGAACUUUGGCCAUAAGCUCCAGUCACAAGAUUAUCAUGAUUCACCGCUCGUUUCUGUCUGACAGCUUCACGAAUCCCGCAUUCGCGUUUACCAGGUUGACCUGCAUCGCGGCAUCCAAAACCAUAAUCAAGGAAUACAAGGUUGUAUCCCAGGAGGAUGGGCCUAUUCUUUGGGUACAUCAAGCAUUUGCGGUAGCCGCUUCCAUCAUCCUUUUGCUGGACGUGCUACAUCGGGCACCAGGGGAGGCAGAGCACGUUGAACAUCGACAGCUGGCCGAGAGCGUCAUCGGCAUUCUGAAGUCAUAUGGCAACAGCACCAUUGCCGCGAGGGGAAUCAAACUGCUCCAAGCCCUGAUCGUAGAAGUUUCUAAUGCCACGAGCUUGAGGCCGAUGCCACUGCAGAACAGAAAGCGCCCGAGGGAAGACAAUGGUCCUUGUACGACAAGGGGAAAACAUACAGUGAAGUUUGAUGUGCACAGCUUCGUCAAGAGAUUUUGCGAAGCCAGCACGGGCGACCAAUAUCGGGAGUCUGAGAACGACCGUGCAACGCCUAGACCCCGAGAGCAUCCUGUUGAAGCUGCUGUGUCGAACACAGCUCCAGCCCGCCACGGAGAGAGUCAUAGUCAUGGAUCGAACAUGCCGGAUCCAGGCCGAGCUGACGCCACAUUCUCUUUCCCUUUCGGUGGCUUGGAUAGUGGAAACAACUUUGAGAACCUCCUGUAUCUAGCAAACUAUGAUUGCUUUCAUUGA